AUGCACGCUCAGCCGAAUCUCCUUUCCGCAAGCAUCCAACAAGGUCCGUUCAUCUCGCGCUUCCGCGAGCACAUCGUGUCCAAGCGCGAAGCCGAUGCAGGCGCCGCGACGUACGUCAGGUCGUACGUCUGCUUUGCGCUAGCCGGUACCUGGAACUAUGGCGUUGUCACGGGCAGCCAGUGGCGAGAGACCACGGGCGACGAGCUCGUCAUCAAGACAGACACGGGCGCGGUCAUCAUUCCCUUGAGCGAUCCGACAUUGAUUGUGCUGACGCUCACGGGCUACGCCUUGCGGCCCUUUGCCGCGCUGCCACUGGCGUCGCACUCUGUGGCAACGGUGCAGACGGACACGGCGACGAUCGUGGACUACUUUCUUGUCCAUGGCCGCCACGCAGCGCUCGACUGUGCGGCUCUCGAUCUCUUGAGCGCGCAUUUGUCAUCGCCACCGGCAAGCGACAUGCUUUUUCCGUGCAUUUUUCUCGACGGGACGCAGUGCGAGGUCUCGGUCACUCAUAUCCUCGACGUUGCGCAUGCGACCUUUCAACGGCGGAAAAGAGAAGACACGCGGGCACUGCGGCGGCCCAUUGCUGGUGUGAGCGUCCGACCAAGCUGA